GCCCCCGCUAGCGGCCGAAGGCGGAUACGGAGGCACCAAGACAGGACGCGGCCAUGGCGGACUGGGGUCGAGGUCAGAGUCCAAAUGCUGUGGACGAUAUGCUAGAUGUGGAGAAUAAGCGCAUGGCGGACAAUCUAGCUACCAAGGUCACCAGGCUGAAAUCGCUGGCACUGGAUAUUGACAAAGACGCUGAGGAUCAAAACCGCUAUCUGGAUGGCACGGACUCAGAUUUCAUGAGUGUGACAGGCCUGCUGACGGGGAGCGUGAAGCGUUUCUCCACAAUGACACGCUCGGGAAGGGAUAAUCGCAAACUGCUUUGUUACGUUUCUGCUGGACUGGUGGUUGUAUUUUUCAUCCUCUAUUAUCUGGUCUCAAAAGCACGGACUUGAGUGGGGUCCUCAUGCUGGAAUUUUUAUGGAAAGAAAAACUGUGGCAAUGAUAAACAGAGAUUUGCUCAAAGUUAUCCUCAAUCUACCCUGUCAAGGAUUGUUAGGAUAUUCAUGGAGGACCAGAUAACCUCUCUGGACUCCAGGUUACUGUCACUUUUCUAAUCAGUCUUGGUCAUAAUCAUCAGAUAUUUUCAUAAAAUGAAUAUAGUUCAUUUUGAUCUUUUUAAAUGUAUGUAUACCGCAACUUGAUCUCCUUGUUGACACUUAGCCUUCAUUUAUUGCUUUAUUGUCCAUGACCUCUAGCCUUCAUCUAUUACCUGGCUCAUAACUAUGUCAUGUCCAUCUUAGUGACAUGCUGUGUUGUUAAUGUGAAAGUGUCUGACUCGGCCCAUAGUAGCAAUGUGCCUGUGCACCAUUCAAAAAUGAGCAGAGCUGGGGGUGGGGGGCUGCAUGGUUUAGUCUCAAUAUGGAACUGGGAGGCAGGAGCUGUUGAGUUCUAAUCCAGCUCUGUCUUUGGCUAGCUCUGUGGUCUUGGGAAGUCAGUUAAUCUCAUUUUAUGUUUUGAAAUACAUUAAUACCAGCAGCAUCUCAGGCUAGAAUUGUUGUGCAACACUCUGAAGAAUUAAAUGGUGUGUGGUAGGUACUGAGUUGAGUAGUUACUACAUGUUACAAAAAUCCAUCAGCCAUUCAUGGUAUCGGAGCAGGAUUUUAUCACCAUGAUAGCUUGGUUCUACUGACUUGCUUGUCUUAUAGCCGAGGAUGGGGAGAGGCAGUGAAGAGAUGGCUGGUGGCAGUAGCAGGAAUAUCAUGGGUCUUGUAACAAGUAAACACUUGCUCAGUUGGAACUGUAGAUGACAUGAGAAAGUUGAAAAACUGAAGAGGAGGAAAAACAUUACUUUACAAAAGGCUUGGAAACUAUUGUUUAAAUAAUCUAGAAGGGGAAGUUGUUUGAACAAUUGGUACUAGCAUUCCCAUAAUACAGCACUUUGGUAUUGUUGGGAAGACAUUUCCACUCCAUAGGUAAAGAUGGAGUUUAGAUCUGUCGUCUUAAGUGGUCUGAUCAGAGGGAUGAUUUAAAAUAGGAGGUCACCUUAGAAUUCCCAAUUCUUUGUCCCCUCCACAGUACAUCACCUGGUAGGUACGCUGCAUGUCACUGGGUAACUGUCUGGAUACAUACCUGAGCAAGUAUUGUCUAUUGUUUGUGAAGCCAUCACUCCAGAGCUUGCAGCACUUUGAGAUACAGUAUGUACCCUGCUCUGUGAUUGUUUUACAUAAUUCUGUGCAUUAGAAUGCUGUGUGGAUGAAUGACAUUUAUGUUCUUUCAGCACUACAUCUUUAUUCUGUACUGUAUGUUGGUUAAGAAUGCUCAUCCCAAAUCACCCUUCUCUCCCUUUCAUUGACCUUGUCGCUUCCCCUCUCAUUCCAGCCCAUGUAUGUUUUCCCAUCUGAAUUAUUUAUAUUUGCCUCCAGUUAUAAUAAACCAUUCUAAAAAUA